AUGGGUGAUGGGGAAACUAGUGUGACCAUCAAGCCAGGAAUCCUUCCCCCCUCAGCUGUCAGUAUCUUUUCUCUUACCUCCAGCAACUGUACAGUUCAUAAAAUUGACCAGCAAGAAUUGGGACUUGGGCAAUGGCAGGAGAAGAAAAAGGAGGGAAACACGGAAGUGGCCCAGUUCAUCUCCAGAGUUUUAGUUCCCACAUGUGUCAGUGAGCCUUGCAAAAAUAUGAGAUGGGUUCCGAUUCAGCUUAUCAAGGCUACCCUCGUGGAAAGCCUGAAUAUAUAUGUGAUGGGAUUAUUCCAAUGUCCUAAUGGACAUUUAGGAGGAUUUUGCUAUGCCCGUUGUUCAGUGCAGGUCUUCCAAGAAAUAUUCUAUUUCAAGACAUCCUGGCCUGAAAGCACCAUCUAUCGUCCUCCAGGACCCCGUCCUGUCUCUAAAUCUGUCUCCAAUUCCACGGAAUCUCUCCCACUCUUGGACUCUCUCCCCCAGGAGCUCACCAACCUGACCCAUACUCUGUACUGGCCUCCGACCCCAGGAGACAGGGGGGACUUUUUGGCCUCCACCAGUCCCCAGACCUCCACCUACCACCUGAAGGAUCCUGUCCAGGCUAGCUAUGUUCUGGGAGGCUACCUAGAGGCUGUCCUUGUGGCCAGGGACCACAGGGGCAGACCCAAGACCCAUGGUGGGGAUCUAUUUCGGGCACAGCUGUUGGGUCCAGACUUGAAGGCAGGGGUCCCUGGGGAUGUGCAGGAUCUGGAGAACGGCACAUACCUGUUGUCCUUCCCCCUGCUCUGGGCUGGGGAGGCCCAGGUGCAAGUGCGGCUGAUCCACUCCAGCGAGGCAGUUGGGGUUCUGCGGAGAAUCUGGAGAGAGAAAAGGGCCACAGUUGAUUUUAGGGGAUAUUUCCAGGGGCCCAAUGGAACUAAAGAGAUUGUGAUUUGCAAUGUUGACCCUCAGUCGACUGGAGCAAAAGGACCUACCUGCCAGUACAGGGACGUGGUUUCCAGUGAGCUCUGGUUCUGCGCUCAACCGCCUACCCUGCCCUGCAACUCUUUAGUUGGUCACUCGAGUGGGAGUUACUUGAAUGUGACCACAGCACACGAUGAGGCCCUGCUGGCAUGGAAUGUGACUGACAAGCUACUCCCUCAUGGCAUUUCUCCAAUUCAGAUCAGACGGGGAGACACAGAGAACAGUAUCCUGGCACUGUCUCCACGGCCCCCAUGCCACCCUGGGCUUCCAGCACUAAAACCCUCUGGCUUCUACCACCAAGAUGUGUGGCACUCACUGUCCUGUUCUGGCCGCUCCUUCCCCACUGUUAACAGCAUCCUGGGCUGCCUGGCUGGCCACAUCGUCCACAUGAUGGGGGAUUCCACACUCUGGCAGUGGUGGGAAUAUCUGCGUGACACCGUGCCCUCUCUGAAGCCAGUGGAUCUACAUGUCACAUACCAGACGGGGCCCCUGAUGGCGGUGGAGACCUCUCGGGGCAUAGUGCUGCACUGGCGAGCCCACGGCUGGCCCCUGCGCUCCGUCCAUACACCAGUGGCCUCCCUGCACUCUGUGGCCCGGGAGCUGGGGGGCCUGGCCGGGGGCCCCCACACCGUGGUGGUGCUGGGCCUGGGAGCUCACUUCACCACCUUCCCUCCAUCCAUCUUUGUGCGACGACUGGCAGGGAUCCGGGCGGGUGUGACCGCCCUGCUGGCCCGGGAACCCAGCACUCUUGUGGUCAUCAAACUGGCCAACACUGGCUACAAGUCUGUGUAUGGCAGCGACUGGUUCACCCUCCAGAUGAACCGGCUCCUGAGAGCUGCCUUUGCUGACCUCCGUGUGGCCUUUGUGGAUGCCUGGGAAAUGACCUCCAGCCUGGCCCUGCCAGACAAAAUCCACCCGGGGCCGCUCAUCAUCCGCAAUGAAGUGGACUUACUCCUCUCCUUCAUCUGCCCCACCUGA